AUGGUUAUCACUACUAAAUCUUCCUCUAAUAACCACCCUCCGAUAAUCGCGCCGUCAUCGUCGGCGCCGCCGGAUGAUGAGGCUGUUAUCACUAAUUUCACGCCGAAAACCCUUCCUUCCCCGUGGGCUCAGGUUGUUCGCGGCGGCGAGGUGGAAUCGCCUACUGGCAUUCAUCAAUCUCUGCCUUCGUCAUCGUCGUCUUCCUCGUCGUCUCUGACUGCAGGUGCUGCCGAUCAAGCGCUGUCUUCUGAUCAUUCAUCGAAGGAGAUAUCUACUUUGCAGCAGUCAAAGGAGGUUUCUGCUCCGCCUGCUCCGCAGCCGCCGGUGGUGGAGAACUCCGGUAAGACAGUAGAUACCUCCGAUGGUAGUGAUGGCAAUGCAGGUCGUUCUAAGAAGCCUGCAUGGAACAAACCCUCUAACGGAGUGGUCAUCGAGACUGGUCCUGUCAUGGGUGCUGAAUCCUGGCCUGCUUUGUCUGAAUCCACUAAAAUUUCUGCUAAAUCGAUAGCUGAAUCGGCCUCCAAAGUUGCUUCUGCUGAUGGAUCAACUUCCACUUCUCAGGGGCCUGUAAUUUCACACCCUCCUCAGAGACAUGGUACUAGUAACCCUAGACCUGGUUCAGCAGCAAACAGUAAUAUGCCCAAUAGGCCUAGACCUAUUAGGCCGGUAGGUGGCAUCAACAUCGGGCACGGUCCUUCUCAUACUCAAAGUAGCUUAUCCAACCCUCCUACUCCUCCACCACUGCCUCCCUUUCCUGUAUAUCAGCUCCCUCCAGUUAACUUUCGGAAUAUGGGGCCAAGUAUCCCUGACUCUUCUCCAAGAGAUCAUCACCGAAACAAUACCUGGGAUGCAAGACCAUUGGUAGGGGGUUCCUCUCGCAGGGGUAGUUUUGGGUCCCGCACACGAGGAGAUGGUUCCUAUCAUCAUAAUAGUUAUAGUAACAGGCGUGAUCAAGAUCGGGGAAAUUAUGUGAGUUCUAGAGAUGCUCAUGUUUCCCAACCAAGGAUGCCUCCCAGAGGAAUAUUGAGGCACCCACCACCACCACCACCACCAAGUACUGCUGCAUUUUUGGGCCCUCAGCCCAUUGCACCCUUUCCAAACCCUGUUGCUUAUCCUGAUGUGUAUUACUUUCCAGCAGUCCCGUUGGAUCCUUUUAGGGGCAUGCCAUUCUUUCCCCCCAGCCCUUCUCCUGCAACAGUCUACCCUGCUGCAGAAUCUUCUUUCUCCAAUGUGAUAGUCAACCAGAUUGAUUAUUACUUUAGUGAUACUAAUCUGGUGAAAGAUGAGUUUUUAAAGCAAAAUAUGGAUGAAGAGGGUUGGGUUCCAAUUACCGUGAUAGCAAACUUCCCCCGGGUUAAAAGUUUGACAAGCAACGUUCAGUUGCUUCUGGAUUCAAUGAAAAAUUCAACUGUUGUGGACGUCAGGGGUGACAAAUUGAGAAGACGUUAUGACUGGGUGAAAUGGUCGUCCACUUCUCAGGUUCAAGUUGAUUCUGGUUCAGUUUCAUCUGGUGAAUCGAGCUACAAUAACCUCGCUGCGGAUUUGCAAACAAUCAAUCUGGAAACAACAACUAGAGCUGAAGGGAGUAGAGGUGGUAUGAAAGUUGAUUCUCUCUACGGUGACUUGGCUCGAUUUUGA